AUGCCCAGCUUUCGAAAGCCCUGGCCUGUUACCCGACGAGACACGGAUGGCAUAACUCUCAACACUCUCGAAGCCAAAGGGCCGACGGCGACUGCUACAGCUGCCGACAAUGACGAGCAUUCCAAAGCUGCCGAGGCUCAGAAGGAUCUCGAGACCUUCAGCGCCCUGCAUCGAUGGGAUCCCAACCUGGAGGCUAACAAACGUGAUGCUAUCGAGGCUGCUGUCAAAAAGGGCGACGAGGAGGCCGAGAUCCACCUCGACCAGGACCUUGGAGAAGGCUCGCCUUACCCCGAGGUUGCUUCGGCCGUACCCAAUACCGAUGACAACACUCUCCCUUGCAACACCAUCAGAGCAUGGGUCAUUGGCCUUGUUUUCACCACUAUCGGAAGUGGCUUAAACAUGUUGUUCAACCUGCGCAACCCCAGCAUAACCAUCACUUCGAUUGUUGCUCAGCUCCUCUCGUACCCGGUGGGCAAGCUCUGGGAGAAGACGAUGCCUUCGCAUCAGUUCAACGUGUUUGGCCUGAAGUUCAGCCUGAAUCCUGGUCCGUUCAACGUCAAGGAGCACACUCUCAUCACCGUCAUGGCGAACGUUACAUUUGGAAAUGGAGUCGCUUAUAGCACCGACACCAUUGAAGCUUUGCGUGGCUUCUACGGCUACGACCUUGGCUGGGGCUUCAACCUGCUUUUCACUCUCGUCACCCAGAUGCUUGGCUUUGGACUCGCAGGCUCCUUCCGCCGCUUUCUGGUUUAUCCCGCCGCCAUGAUCUUCCCGCAGACACUGCCCAACUGUGCACUGUUCUUCACGCUACACAAGAGAGGCUCCGAGAAGCCAGAUCCUGCCGAAACAAACGGCUGGGCUAUAACGAGGUACAAAUGGUUCUUGUACGUCGUCAUCGGCGGCUUCGUGUGGUACUGGUUCCCGGGCUUCAUCUGGCAAGGACUGAGCGUGUUUGCCUUUGUCACGUGGAUCAAGCCCCAAAGCCCCGUCAUCAACCAGCUCUUCGGUGGAUACAGCGGCUUGUCGCUUAUCCCAAUCACAUUCGAUUGGACGUACAUCACGUCCUACAUACAGUCACCCCUGAUCCCUCCCUGGCACGCCAUCGCCAACACUCUCCUCGGCCUUGUGAUAUUCCAGAUCAUCACGCCGCUCGGGAUCCACUACACCAAAUCCUGGUAUUCGGAAUACCUUCCGAUGAGUGACUCGGACAGCUACGACAACACGGGGAGCCAGUACAACGUCAGCCAAAUCCUGACACCGAGCUACAACUUCGACGAAGCCAAGUACAAGGCGUACUCGCCCAUCUUCCUCUCGACAACGUUCGCCAUGUGCUACGGCCUCAGCUUUGCCACCAUCGUAGCCACGAUUGUGCACACGGCGCUCUACCACUGGCGCGAGAUCUGGUACCGGGCCCGGGCAGCGCGCGACCAGGAGGACGACAUCCACAUGAAGCUGAUGAAAAAGUACCCCGAGGCGCCAGACUGGUGGUUCUGGGCGCUCGGCAUCGGCAUGCUGGCCCUCGGCUUCGGCACCGUCCUGGGCUACUCGACGGGCCUCACCUGGUGGGCGUACAUCAUCGCCGUCCUCAUCUCCGCCGUGUGGUUCGUCCCGAUCGGCAUGGUGUGGGCCAUCACGAACGUGCAGAUCGGGCUCAACGUCUUCGCCGAGUUCGUCGUCGGCUACAUGCUGCCCGGGCGGCCGCUGGCCAUGAUGUGCUUCAAGACCAUCGGCUACAUCACCAUGUACCAGGGCCUGCUGUACACGCAGGACCUCAAGCUCGCGCACUACAUGAAGCUCCCGCCCAAGACGGUCUUCUGGGCGCAAGGCGUCGCCACCGUGUGGGGCUCCCUCGUGCAGAUCGCCGUCCUCGACUGGGCCUUCGGCGCCAUCAGGGGCAUCUGCACGUCGGCCCAGAGCGCGCGCUUCACCUGCCCCAACGGCCGCGUCUUCUUCAACGCCAGCAUCAUCUGGGGCGCCAUCGGCCCCGCCCGCAUGUUCUCCGCCGGCGCGACGUACGCCGGCCUGCAGUGGUUCUGGCUCAUCGGCGCCGCCGUCCCCGUCGCCUUUUACCUGCUCGCCCGCCGGUUCCCCAACUCGCCCGCCCGCUACCUCAACGCGCCCGUCAUGUUUGGGAAUCUCAACUACAUGCCGCCCGCCACGCCGCUCAUCUACUGGUCCUGGGGCAUCGUCGGGCUCGUGUUCAACCGCUUGAUCAGGCGCCGCGCCCGCGGGUGGUGGAUGACGUACAAUUACAUCACGUCGGCGGCGCUGGACUCGGGGCUGGCGCUGAGCACGAUUGUCAUUUUCUUUGCGCUGUUGCUGCCGCAGGUGAGCCCGCCGCAGUGGUGGGGCAAUACGGUCAUUGACACGAUGGAUUAUGAGGGGACGGCGGUGCAGAAGACGGUCUUGCCGGGGGAGACGUUUGGGCCGAAGGUCUGGUAG